GCUGCAAAACAUCUCAGUCAUGUAAUCUCCAACAAUCAUGAUUUUCUCAAGGACUUUAAGAGUUGCAUAUAUGAAGAAAGAUCAGUUGCACAUUUUAACAUGAAGUGGCAAGAGUUAUUGACUACUUACAACCUUGAAAAUAAUUCAUGGUUGGAAAAUUUAUAUGCAUUGCAUGAGAAAUGGGCCACUGUCUACCGCCAUGAUUCAUUUUGUGCAGACAUGACAUCCACUCAAAGGAGUGAAGGUAUGAAUAAUGUGUUCAAGAAAACUUUCCGUAGGAAACUUUCCAUUUCAGAACUCUUGGUAGAAUAUGAUAAGUGUGCUGCACGUCUCCGUGGAAAUGAGUUAUAUGAAGACUACAAAUCACGGAAUUCAGAUCCGGUUCUUUGUAUUAGUAACUUGCCUUUGUUGAAGACGGCUGCUGAAUCAUAUACAAGAAAUAUGUAUACUAUUUUUGAGGAGGAAUUUAAAAAGCAAUUUGUUCUAUCAUGCACAUUGCAAAAUAGUGAAGGGACAACAAGCACGUACAAGAUAAUGUCUAUGGAUCGAAGCGAGGAUGAAGCUACAGUUAUAUUUAAUUCAGAUGAUAUGCAAGUGUUGUGUUCUUGCAAGAAGUACAAUUGUUUUGGUAUGUUAUGCAAGCAUGUACUAAAAGUCUUCAACCACAACGAUAUUAUCACUUUGCCUCCUGGGUACAUAUCGAGCAGAUGGACAAAGUACGCAAAAAGAGGGAUUUUUUCUUGUCACAAACAAUGUCAGAGUGAUAAUUUAUCAUCUCAGAGUGCACUUCUAUCUCGAAAAAUGAUAUCGGUUGCAUUAAAAUGUGCGGUUUCGAAAAAGGUUCUUCAACAUUUGGAUGAUGGUUUUGAUAAGUUGACUGUAGAAGUCGAAAAUUUAUUGAGCCAGGUAAACUUGAAUGAAAAAGAAGCUCCACAAUAUUUUCUGGAGUGUACAAAAGAGGUUGCUGAAGCGCGCAUAUCAUUUAAAGUGCCUCCACAUAAAGGAGGUCCGACCCUUAAAAGAAAGAAAAAUGUACUCGAAGGUGGAAAGAAAAAUGCUGCUAAAAACACAAGAAAGAAAGAGGAUCCAAGGCAAUCAUCAAACAAAAAUUUAUCUGGAACUUCACAGCAAUCUGAAUUGGUUCAGGGACCAUUCAACUCAAAUGCUACUGCUACUGCUGCUCCACUAAUGAUAAAUAAUAUGAUGCCAUUUGGAGAUAAUUCUAUGAUGUUUGUUCCACCAAUCGGAGGAGAAUUUACAAAUCUCUUACUUCAAGCUCAACAUGAAGUGCCCGCUUCUCGACGCUUACAUUUUGAUGAAUGAAAUGGUCCCUGCACUUUGCAGCUCGAUGGAAGCAAGGAGCUUUGUGUGCUGGUUCAUUGCUAAAGCUACAUGGUCAAAUUAUUUGAGCA